GAUAUGGUAAUUAAUGGUAUCUAUUCAUCAUCAUCAUCGUCGUCAUCAUCGCCAUCGGUACAAAUCAUUUGGAAAUUGCACAUUCAAAGAUUGUAAAGUAAAACGGGCCAACUCGAUCAAUACUCGACACAGACACCUAACGGGAAAUCAGUUAACGUUGAUACUUUGAAGUAGACGAUAAUAGAAAUAGAAAACGAACCAACUCGAACUCAAACUGAAAAAAAUGAAAAAUUAUUUCAAAUUCCACUGCGGUUUCAUAGUGGAAUUUUUAUUAAUUUUACUUUUCCGAAUCGAAAUAAUACACGGUGAAGGCUAUGCCAAUCAAACGCUAACCCGUUUCGCCCACAUCCGUCAAUUGUAUCCGAAAAUCUCACAGCAUGGUGAGGCCCGCUUCUGGCGCAUGGCACGCAGUGACAAUUUCCAAGAUCAUCCGUGUAAACGUGAAUGUGUGCCAAAUCAACAUAUGACCUGUUACUAUUACAUGGUGGUACACUAUGACGAAACAAUGGGUCCGGGUUGUGAGGAAUAUCUGAGGCCACAAAAUCGUUAUCGCCUUGGAAAACGAGAAUAUAUUAAUGUGCAAAAUAUUCGAACGCGUAACAACAAACGGUUUGAUGAUUGCAAAUAUGCCGAUGGGGUGCAUAGUGAAAUAAUGGUGGUAAAUGGUCAAUUGCCAGGUCUAUCCAUUGAAACCUGUGCCGGCGACACAAUUGUGGCCGAUAUAAUCAAUAGCAUGCAUGAGAUUACCACAAUACAUUGGCAUGGAAUGCAUCAGAUAAAUACACCCCACAUGGAUGGGGUACCGUUUAUCACACAAUAUCCCAUUGAACCCGGCCAGGCAUUUCGUUAUCGUUUCGAAGUCGAUCAUGUGGGCACACAUUGGUGGCAUAGUCACACUGAACAUCAGAGAGCUUUCGGUCUGGCUGGGCCUCUAAUUGUGCGGCAACCACGCAAGGAGAAUCCUCAUGCUCAUCUCUAUGACUUUGAUUACACGGAACACAUUAUUAUGCUACAGGAUUGGAUGGGUGAUUUUGAUGAAUCGGUUGCCAAGAGUAUUUUAAUAAAUGGUUUGGGACGUAAUGUCAAUGCGUCGAUGGCGGCGAAGCCCAUUCUCUAUGCCCGAUUUGAGGUGGCCAAGGGUGGACGUUAUCGAUUUCGAGUUAUUUUCAAUGGCAACACCAAUUGUCCGGUUUCGCUGAGUAUCGAUCACCAUGAUCUCUUGGUUAUUUCAAGUGAUGGCAAUGACAUUGAACCGGUAAUGGUGCAAAAUAUUACACUGCAUGGUGGCGAACGUCAUGAUUUUAUAUUGCAAGCCAAUCAGGCGGUGGGUAAUUAUUGGAUACGUCUUAAAGGCCAUAACUUUUGUGAGAUCAAUGAAUUACAUCAGGAAGCCAUAUUGCACUAUAUGGGUGCAGAUCGUUUGCAAAUGCCCAAGGGGGCAACACCCUCCUACUCGUAUGAGACGCAAAAUGCAGUAACCUUUAAUUCCAUGGACAUAAAACCAUCAAAACUGCACAAACGUUAUAGCUUUAUGGAGGUCAAGGGAUUGGCGCCGAAACAUAGCAAGGCUACGGGUAAACCAUAUCGCACCUACUACACCAGCAUGAAUAUUGUGGAAAGAGGUGAGACAUUUCUCUUUCAAAUGGAUGAUAUCACCUUCACCAUGCCAAAGAUAUCACUGCUGCAAACACGUAACUUGGGCAUUGGCAAAUGGUUUUGUAAUCGCACCCAACAAAUGUCGCUGGGUUUUAAUUGUCAGAAACGUCAUUGCCGCUGCACGAAUGUUAUACAGGUGCCUGCAUUCAAAUACAUUGAAAUGGUCAUUGCUGGGAAAUCGAUUACAGCACAUCCCGUACAUUUGCAUGGUUUUACAUUUGAGGUGGUCGGCAUGGGUGUGUUGGGACCAGAUAAAAUUGAUAAGAUUGAACAAAUCGAUCGCAAAACACCAUUACCCCGAAGAACUACCAAGGCCCCGCAAAAAGACACAGUUGCUGUGCCAGCCUACGGCUAUACCAUCAUACGUUUCUAUACAAAUAACCCUGGCUAUUGGAUUCUACAUUGUCACAUAUCUAUACAUUCGGAAAAUGGCAUGGCCGCAAUACUAAGAGUGGGUGAUGAUGAGCAAAUGAAAAUGUGUCCUGUCAGCAAUUGUGGCCUAUGCAAUUCGGUUGUGUAAAUUGCUACUAUAUAAAAAAGAAGUAUUAUAUUCCGAGUUUUUAAAUAAAAAUAUAC